CCCCUUGUAUGAAGAGAAGAGAGGCCCCCCCCCACCAAUUUCCCAUGAUCUUUUCAAGGAAAUAUACCCCGAGACCCCCUCUGAUGCAAUGCCGCUUACAUCAGGCUGCUUGUGUUGGUGACACACUUCACUUCUUCAUCUUCAUGUCAUGAUUUUGAAACCGUCAUUUUUUGGAAAAGUUUUCUUUUUCUUGUGCAAUAUUGUUAAUUACAUCGCAGAGGGAGGCAGAUGUUCCCUCAACGCCUAAACAUGAGUUUAUUCGGCGCCGGCUCCACAAUUCUCUCUUUGCUUUUGGUGUUUUUGUCCCAAGCAGAUUCGCCUCAUUCUGUAGGCGGCACCGUUGAACCGCGUAUGAAACAUCAUAAGAACACGAAUGACGCUCGGGUCACAUCAAAGGCCGAUGGCUGGAACAUUGUCUUCUGUGUGUCCUUUUUUUUUUUUAAAUUAGGAGCUGUAAAUCAACCUGCAUCAGCAACGCAGCCACAGGACAUUAAAGCACGAUAAACAGCCGCACCCAGAGUACGUCUCCACACGCGAGCUGCGGCCGACGGGACAGCUGCGAGUAUUUACCCGCUUAUUGAAGUAUCACUUGUCGCUCGCUCGCUUGAAUUGUUUAGUUGGCAGAAUUUUGUGUCAUCACCGUGGGCUAAAUAUACCCGCCAGAGUUAAAUAAGGGCAUAGAGCAAGCUCAGGAAAGCCCGGCGUAAGAGGAUCCAGCCAGCGAGACGCGGGCCCAAAUCCACAGACUACAUUGUCUCACAGCAGGAAUACAUCAGUGACUAUAAAGGAAAGUAUUUCUCUGUGACACUCUAUCUCCAGGAAUGUUCCACAUGCAUAUCUGCCGCCCGGUAAAGUUCAGCAUGCCGGUGGUCCGUUUUAACACGGGAUUAGGAGGGCCGAGUGGACACAGGACAUCUAAUUAGGGGUGUGAACGGCGCACGUUGCGUCAAGAUUUCAGGGUGGAGCAGGACAAAGACACAGAUUGAUUGACGCGAGAUGCUUUUCAGCAGAAGCGGUUAUCAAUGGGACUUGUUUACCCUUUUUGGUGGCCAUGUGACUCACACUCCCACACCCAUUUGCAGGGCGUUUCCAUGGCAGCAGUGGGGCAUGGAACACUGAGCUCGUAGUCAGCCUGGUCCGCGGGUCCUGAAAUGGAGCCUUGUGGGGGGGGGGGGCAGGGGGUCUCUCACAGGAGCACAGCUCAGCGCUCUCGCUUAUUUUGGGCCGAGGCAGCAGACACUGCAACAAGUACAGAGAGGUUCCUCUGCAGAGAGAGGGAGGGAGAGAGAGGGAGAGAGAGGGAGAGGGAGAGGCUGUGGUGAGAGGCGGUCUGGUCCUGACGUCGCUCCGUCCCGGGGCGUUGAUACGGGCCCUCGGCCGCUCAUCGCUAAUGUUGCCGCGCUGUUCUCAGCUGGCAUCACUUGCCCCGUCACGCAAACAUAAAUGUUGACACGUGACGCGACCCUGGAAGGUUGUUGAUCUGUCUUUAAAAGGAAUUUCUGGGAGGAGUAUUAAUCCUACGCCUAUUGUGUUUCAAGGCCUAGUAUCCUCAAAUACAAGGGAAGUAUACACGUAUUCUCUAAAGGAUACAGAAUAAAAUGUCCUUUCGGUGAUCUAGAAUAACAUAUUAUAUUGUAAGCUUAUACUGUAAGCUUUUCAUUUCAAAUGUCAAAUAAAUGUAGUGGAUUGAAACGUACGAUGAUUCCACGUUAAGCGCCUAAUACGUUUGUGUAUUUGUUUCUUCUGUCCACUUCUCAGUGAACCUUCUGUGAGAUUCUGGCCAGUUGUCCGCAAGCAGGGGAUGACGACUCACUUCAAGACGAGCAAAGCUUUAAAGGUCAAGAAGGAGGUGGGUGAGAAUGCCACGGUGGUCAGCGACGACGAGCUGGUGGCCAUGUCCGUGCGGGAGCUCAACCUGCACCUGCGCGGGCUGACCAAGGACGACGUGGCCAAGCUGAAGCAGCGGCGGCGGACCCUGAAGAACCGCGGCUACGCCGCCAGCUGCCGCAUCAAGCGCCUCACCCAGAAGGAGGAGCUGGAGAAGCAGAAGACGGAGCUGCAGCGCGAGGUCGACAAGCUGGCCCGCGAGAACGCCAGCAUGAAGCUGGAGCUGGACGCGCUGCGGGCCAAGUACGAGGCCCUGCAGUGCUUCGCCCGCUCCGUGACCCGCGGGCCGCUCUCGCCGGGCAAGGUGGCCGCCACCAGCGUCAUCACCAUCGUCAAGUCGUCCAGCCGCGGCAGCCCCAGCCCCAGCCCGUUCUCCACCCUGUCCUAGUGGUGACAGGACUGGGCCCUUGUUCUCCUGCCCGGUCCUUCCCGGUUCCGACCCACUCAUCCCGCACCGAGAGGACGCCCAGUGGUUAGGCUGAGGGAUGCAAAUGGGCGGUUAGCUCUUCUGCAACUCCCGUCUCUCUCACCGUGCGCUGUGCAAACGGGCCCGCGCCGCCCGCCCGCCACCCCAGCACCGAUUACUGGGCCUCUGUGACCCCGUCCGACCUGACUGUUGGUAAAGAUUUGCUCAUUGCGCCAGUUUGAAAUCCCCCGAGAGGUUUAGCAGUACGUACGCGACCGUCAAGCCGAUGCCAAAUGACAUUUUUUGCCUUCCAAGCCGUUGCCUUAACGUGAUUUUUAUACUUGUUGUAGUUGGACACAGAGGACAGAGAGGACGUGUUGUUCCAGCUUUGAGGUCAGGUGGGCGCCUCUGCGUGGACACAGUCGCCAGUGGUCUCCAACCAUUUGCCUUUCAAGAGCCAGCCGAACCGCGCAGAUGUUUUCGCUGAUUAGCCGCUGAGCAGUAAAGUCACCUGUUGACGUGUUUGAUUUGGACGCGUGCCCCCUUUUUGUCGCACGUUUUGGAGAGCGCUGCACUGUUGUGGUUUGAGGUCUGACCGGCGUCUCUUUCGGGAUCUGUUGUUUACGCUGCUGUCGUCCGUCUCGGCCAAAUUUAGGAGUUUUGACGCAACGUGUUUGAGAAGUUUGGAAACUCAAUUGUUCAGCUGAAAUAUGUCUGCAAGCCUUUGCCGGACUUGUGGAAUAUUAAAAAAGGGGCUAAAGAAAUGUUGGGUACAGUUAAAUCGCUUAAGACACGGGAGGUUCUGCUGUGGUUCUGUUUGUAGCUUCGUGGCCCAUCGACAGGAGAUCUUAUUCACAACUUCUGCUGUAAUAUUUUAAAAUGUAAAACAGGGGAACACUUGUUUUCUACAGAUUUGAAAUGCUAUUUGACCAAACAUCAGAUGUCGGAAGAGUACGAUGUAGAAUCGUAAAAAGGGUCAUUUUUGGGGGGGGGGGAUUCAGCAGUAAAGCACUUAAAGGCAACUGUUAAGAUGCAGCAGAAAGUAAGCAAUUCACCAGGCAACUGAUUCCUAGAAUUCCUAGAAAUCCGACAGAAGCCAUUCUUGGGUAUCUGAAGUCCGCUGGGCUCGAUUGCGCGCCGAUGAUUAAACGUGGUGUGACCUACUGCCGCAGCGCUUACCGGGUUCUGUUCCGCCUCUUUCCUUUACACGCAACUCACGGGUAGGUAAUCCAUAUUGGAUAUAGUGAUGGUGAGAGUGUUCCUUUACAAGUGAAAUGCAAUCCAACUUUCUUCCUGUAUAUUACAGAUUAUCGCCGUGAUAAAGCUCCCGCUGCCUCCUUUGUCACAUCACAUAGAGAACUCCGUCCAAAUAGAAAUCAUUCCUACUGCUGGGUCACAAGGAGUGCAGCUGCUGCAGCUGCAGUAGCUGGUGUAGCUGGUGCAGGUGGUGCAGGUGGUGUAGCUGCAGUAGCUGGUGCAGCUGGUGCAGGUUGUGUAGCUGCAGUAGCUGGUGCAGCUGGUGCAGGUGGUGUAGCUGCAGUAGCUGGUGCAGCUGGGGUCAGUAAACCCGAAACAGUAGCCGUUGGCCGCGCUUUUGAAAACACUCUUCUGCAAGAGGCCGUCCUCUAAAAACGGGGAUGUCACGGCAUCUAAGCGCAGCAAACGUCGUCCUCCUGUUGUGCGGUUUGAGAUAUCUGAAUAUGAAAUUCACUUAAAACCAAACUGUUCUUACCGAGGAUCCACCCAGUCAAUAGAUUGUUCAUUUGGGGAUUUCGUCUGGGCUGAGAGGACAUGAGUUCUGUUCCAUGGCUGCAAAGAACAGUUUGCUGCUGUAAAACCUGCUGUGAUUGUUUUGUUUUUUUAAGCAGAGGCAAUGCUGUGUUCUUACUUUUUGUAUUUUCACUUUGUUUCUACGUUGAUACACCCGAAGUCCUUUCCUGAUACUUAGUUUUGUAUGCAUAUGCAGUAUAAUAUAUAUAUAUAAAAGAUUUUCUAUAUUUGUCUUUGACUAUCCUGGAAUUGGUGCGAUUAUGUAAUCGUUCUUAAUCAAUCAAUCUAGGUUGACGCCGACCCCUUUUCUGAAUAAGUUGUGUUCACAUUUACAAUGAGAGAAUCGUUAAUGACUUUAAUCCUAUUUGUGUCGUUGGAGAAGUGCAGACCGACUAGUUACAUACAGGCUGCAACUGAUUAUGUCCAGAAUCAGAGUUAGUAAAGCGCAUGUCAUCUUAGCUCCAUUAGCUGAAGAAUAAAUGAUUACUAACUAAGGAUAAUAUACUUUUCUCAAAAUGCCAAUUGUUUCAAUUUAAUGUAAAGAAACCGUACCAAAAAAAUAAUUCCUACGCUGCUAAAAAAACUGUCCACCAGGGCCUCUUUGUGUUGAGGCUAUAUGAACAUAUAGAUACAAAUGACAUGUUCAAACAAGUCAAUUUACAAGACGAGACGCGCUGAAGCGUUUUGUGACAAGCGUCACAGUGACCUCCUGUGGUAGUUCACCAACAAAACUCUACAGCAGCAGCCAACGGUUCAUUUUAGCACACAUUACUGUAUUAGGAUCCAAAGUUGAUGCUUAUAGGCAGUACAUCUUAAAAAGGAACAUUAGAAAUUCUAGCAAGUACAUUUCCGUACCUUUAUAAAAAGACAAAACCUCUCCAGGUGAAUUAAGUUCUUUGUUGCUAAUCCUUCAUCCGGUGUGAUCCGGCACAGGUCCAUUCAAGCUCUCAACGCAUGUUGCUCUAGUUUAUUUUAAUAAUUCACUUUUUCUACAAGCCACUUUUUGCUGAAAUAAAGGCAGACCUGUACAUAAUUUGAGUGAGCCUUCUGUAUAAAUAUAUAUAUAUAUAUAUAUGGGUGAGAGGAGGUAGAAAGGUUGCAGACAUGGAUGCGUCCUUCUUCCUACAGUUACACGAUGCCAAGCUGAGCUGUAGUGGAACCGUUCAAAUGCAUCAGUGGUUAUUUUACAUGUUUGUCAACCAGAAAUGUGCUCAAGUUUUAAUGUAAAAAGCCAUCAAUCCAUGUCUGUGGUUAAAUGAGAUGUCACACACGAGGUCAGCCAGUCCAACAAGCUUCAGUAGUUAAGAGGCUUCUGCUAUAAAUUCAUAAGAAGCUACAUGAUAGAAAGACUGUAUAUAGAUGAUGAUGGGGGUGAAAACCAGGAAAUCUUUGUAUUUCUGAUGUUAAUGGGUUUUCUUUGUCAUGGUCUCAAAACAACGUUGAGGCCAAACAAGGUCAGAAAUAAGGCAGCAAAGAGUAUGUACCCAUAACAAAGUCAUCACUCUGCUCAUAUGUAUUUUAUAUUUAUUUCAUUGAAUUGUGUAACUUUAUAAAAAAGAAAAAACACCUAAAUUAUUCUUGGUUUUACAUUCAUUUAUUUACAUGAUUUCUUGAUGAACUGCCCUCAUGUACAAAUAAAGUCUAUUUGUUUCUACUCUGA